GUAGGUUUGUACAUGCAAUAGUCAGAUUAACUGAGAAUUGUCCUAAGUUUUCCCCUUCAUUUUCAUAGAAUAUUGACGUAAGAUUUAGUUGUCAAAUAGAACGAUAAAGAUAAUACGUGUUAGAUAACUAGGAAAAUGAAGUUGCUGUACCUACUUUCGUUCAUUGUUUCGGAUUUAACUUACAAUUACGUAGUUGCAGAUCCUGAAAGAUGUACCUUACCAGUGAUGAAAGGAUCCUGCCAAGCCAGUAUACCCAACUAUUAUUACAACACAAAAACUGGCCAAUGUGAGAAGUUUAUGUACGGGGGAUGCGGCGGCAAUGAUAAUAGAUUUAUGUCAUUGGAUGACUGCAUCGGGAGCUGCGCAUGUCAAGUAAGUCCCGACGCCGGACCAUGCAAGGCUAUCAAGGAAAGAUGGUAUUAUAAUCCAUCACGAGGCUGUUGUGAAAAGUUUUGGUAUGGUGGUUGCCAAGGGAAUGGUAAUAAUUUUAAAUCAUACGAGGAAUGUAAUAAAGUAUGUUCAGGGUCGUUCACAAUAAAUCUUGAACCAAAAGGACUUAAUUGGGGAAGUAUGAAAAUAUCUUCUAUAUCCGGAGACCGAAGUAUGGGUGGAACUUUCGGAAAAACUUUUGGUGGCAGUAGAACCGUAUGGCUGCAUAAUGAAAACGCACCAGCUUUAAAUAAAGGUGUCUUCCAAGCUAUGUCAAGGUCAUCAAACAUACCUGGAGGAGCGGGUAGUAUGAAUGUUAUUGGGCGCGAAUUAACAGGACCUGGACUCGUAAAGGCUGAAAAAACGAGACAAUCAUGGUCAUCAGGACCAAUGGCUACUGGUGGCAAAAGGACAUUAAGUAUUCAAUCAUCCGGUCCAGUGCCGGUGGGAGGUGGAGGAAUGUCAAUGGGAGGUGGAAGCAUGUCAAUGGGAGGAGGAGGAAUGACUAGUGGAGGUAGAGGAAUGCCAAUGGGAGGUGGAAGCAUGUCAAUGGGAAGUGGAGGAAUGACAAGUGGAGGUAGAGGCAUGUCAAUGGGAGCAGGAGGCAUGCCAAUGGGAGGUGGAAGCAUGUCAAUGGGAGGUGGAAGUAGAGGCAUGCCAAUGGGAGGUGGAAGCAUGUCAGGUGGCGGUGGAAGCAUGUCAAUGGGAGGUGGAGGCGGAGGUGGAGGCGGAGGCAUGCCAAUGGGAGGUGGAAGCAUGUCGGGUGGCGGUGGAAGCAUGUCAAUGGGAGGUGGAGGUAUGCCAAUGGGAGGUGGAAGAAUGUCAAUGGGCGGUGCAGGCAGAACAAUGGGAGGUGGAGGAAUGACAAGCGGAGGUGGAGGUGGAGGUGGAUUUAGAGUCAAUAGUGGAGGAGGAGUAAUGAGUGAACUCCCUGCAGGAGGUGGCCGAGGAUUCGCAACAAGUAUGAAUGGAGGGUCACGAAAAAUAUCAUCACCAGUUCAACCGUCUUGGAUGAAUAAUAUUGCUGUUUAAAUAUGCCACCAACACAUAAAAAAUAACCGUCAAACAGAUGAAGAUGAUGCAUUAGUAAGAACAUGAAAUUGGAGAUCGAUUUAAAUAAAUGUAAACCAAGACUGUCGUCCCUGUUCAAAGAACAAUUUUCCGGAUCGAAUUCCAAAUGUACAAAAUUAUACUUUUUCAUUUAUUAAAGUGUUAUGAAAAAGCGCAGAGUUUAGUGUACA